AGCUAGAAUAGGAAAGGAAGCACUAGCUCAUGAAAAAAGGAUUCGAAAAGAACUUGAGAAACAGGAUCUUUUAAGGAGAAAGAGGGAAGAACAAGUGAAAAAGGAAAUGGAAAGACUGGAUCGUGAGAGAAGGAAAGAAGAACAAAGGCUAAUGCGUGAACAACAGAGGAAGGAAGAGAGGUUUCAACGUGAGGAAAAGCGUGAAAUGGAAACACGAGAGAAAUUUUUGCAGAGAGAGCUUUUGAGGGCUGAGAGGAAAAGACAGAAAGAAGAGCUUCGCAAAGAGAGGGAAGCAGCAAAACAGAAGGCUGCUAUGGAGAGGGCAGCAGCACGGAAAUUUGCUAAAGAAACCAUGGAGUUAAUUCAUUUGUUUACACAUUAUCAAAAUAUACAUGUUUGUUUGACUAAAAAGAGCAUAGCAGAUUACAAAGUAACCAGUUGA